UCGAAAUUUGCAGAUUGAACAUUUCUGAUAACUUGUCGUCACAACGCGGACGCACUGUUCAGCAGUAAUCAUGGCCCCGAGAGGACAUUUUACUACAGGAAGUCUUUCAGCGUUCCUUUUCCUUGGAAUAAUCAGAGGAACUUUCCCGGUGGUUAUGUAUUGCGCGGUACAUUCUUACAACUCACCGAGUCUCGUCUUUCUUCUUCGAACGCCAGGGACUGUAGCGCUUUACAUUGUUUACAUGACCUUCCUUUCAUCAACAAACAGUGAACAUAAAGAAAAUUUCCGAAAUAACUUCAAAUCAGUAAGGAAUCUCUGGAAAUUUGCUGUGAUGGGAUUUGUUCAGUUAGCUGCUCCCUACAUCCUGUUUAUGUACGGCUUGAAAGUGUUAAAUCCUAUUACAGCCGGAGUGUUUAUGACAGCAGCUCCGUGGUUUUCAAUUCUUUUAGAGAGACUACCUUGUGGCAGGUCCACAUAUCAAGUUUCUGCAAGCAAACUUGGUGCAAUUGUCAUUGGAUCUAUUGGAAUCAUUUUGGUCUCAGCCUCAGACAUUGGUUUAGCUGCAAAGAAUCCCAAAUCUUGUCUACCAAAUGGCACUACAGUACCAAUGAACAUCAGUGACAAUACAACUGUGUCACCCUCAGUAAAUGAAGAGAACAUGUCUAAAUGUACACCAUUUUCAGCUGCAGAGUUAGCUGGAUCUUUACUGGCUCUUUUGGGUGGAUCAGUAAUGUGGUCAAUGAGCUCAAUAUUUUGGCGCUCCAAGAGAGGAAAUAUUCACUAUGUCAGUGGUGGUAUUGGUAACAAUAUUUUUGGUGGGAUCUUUGCUCUGGGACUUUUCUUUAUCAUGCAAAAACAUGAGGAUUAUGAUCAGAUAAACUGGGGGGAUGGCAAGGCAGUUUUCUCAAUAAUUUUCCUUACUUUGAUAUCUGGAUGGCUGGCUGCACUGCUAGUGGAUUACAUGAUGAAUGAAGUUGGGGCUGUGGUGACUAACCGCGUCUUAUGCAUGGUCCCAAUAGUAGUCUGGUUCGAGGACUGGAUAUUUGUCAGAGAAUUUAAGAUGCUAGAUGUUGGGUACAUUAUUUCCGAGGUUGUAGGUAUAGUACUUGUGUUGGUUGGUCUAACUAUUUCCAGUCUGGAGCCUGAGAAUUUGCCAAGUGUGCUUGGUAGACCGCUAUUAAGCGACAAGGAACAGUCAUGGGAUAGUACACAGUUCUACGAGAACGUUCGUAUAGUUGACGAUGGCACGACUUCCGAUGAAGAGGUGAGGACCCCCAAUUACCUUCAGCAGUCAAAGUCUUUCCCACCUUUGGUGAAAAUAACGGAUCAGGAUCAUUGACACUCAGUGAGGGAUGCAUUAUCAGCCUCUAAAUGCUCUUUGCUAUGUAAUAAGAGCGCAAGAUACUAGUAUAAAGGAAGUACAGUUUCUAAGGCAUUGUUGGCGGAGAUAGAGAUCGCAGGUUUUCAGUCUGAAACAACACCACAGAAUGAGUGUAAGCAAUGAAAAAUACAACCAUGUGCUUCAUUUGAAGUCCAGGAAACAUUUGUUUUAAACAACAACGUUUUUGUACAACUUUUGAAAACGAAAGAGAUUGAAUUAUGCAACGCCAAAGUACGGGUUCAUUAUCAGGGACUUCUUCAGAGGGAUAUAAAUUAGUUCGGUAAUAAACAGAUAUUUUAUUUGUGGAAAUUAAUUAUAAGGCUCUUUGUAAUAGCCUUGUACAGCUGUAAAUAUUCUCAGACUGUUUAGAACAUAUUCCUGUCUGAGAAAGCCUUUUUCUGAAGAGUGGAAUUUUUGUAAUCAAAGCGACUGUCUUCAUACAUCACAUAGCUAUGCUUUUAAAGAUUUCUAUUGAAAAUUGGUGGUAGUGUGAAAUCUCUUUUUCGUAUAUGUAAGUGUAAUUACUAACAAUUAAGUGAUUAAAAGGAACCUUAGCGUCAAUAAGUAACCUUUUUUCAAAAUGGAAAAUUCAAUUGAAUGAUUAUUUAAAAUAAAAAUCAUUUCCAUAGUCCAAAUGGUUAAGACUGAAACGCAUUAUAUUGCGCUCUAUUCCCAAACUUUUCGAGAAAACGAUAAGAAAAGUUAUGCACUCCAACCGUUUCCGGCACAAAGAAUUGAAUUCAAAUAUUUUCAAAAUACUAUAGUGGGGGCCAUAAUACUGAACAUGAUGAAGAUAUCAAAUGAUCUCCAAGGAUCAAUGAACUUUUUCUGAGAUGCCCUCUCUUUUGAAAUGAGGCCAGGUUGGAAGCCUUUCAUUUAAAUUGCAUCGUUUUAUGGACCCACAUAGCUCUUAUAAAAAUGACGCACAAAGGAUUUGUCUUAUUUAUCUUUACUCCAACACUUAGAGCUAAUACUUCAAUAAAUAUUUGCAAUAAUGCAAAUACAAUUUUGAAUCAAGGAAUACCUAUUGCCAACCAGUGGAUAAAAUAAUCCAGAAAUGAAAUAUGUCUGUUCGCUUGCAAUUAGUAGUUUUGUAUCAAAACUUGCGAUGUAAUGAUAAAAGCAUGUAAAAGUGUUUAAAGUAGUAUCGAGGGGUUUUUCGGCCUCACUUUGUGGCUGUGCCCGAAAGCUUCCAUAAAGUCAUGGACAAAUCCAGGAUGAUGGUUACCAUCCAAAUCCGUAGAAUAAUGAAACACAGUCUACGUAAAUAGUACUAACACAUAUCCUGUGGUCAUCAAAUUUCUGUUUCCAAAGUUAGUAGCUGCGGUCCAAGUCUUUCUGCGGCUACACAAUCCAAAUUACAUUCCUAUGUCACGUUUGGCCUCACAGGCGCUCAAGAAAUAAUUGCUUUGUAACGCGUUUAUCUUUGUUUACAAGGUUUUCUCCCGCUUGCAUCUGAUAACAACCCUCCAAAUUUCUCGGCCUCGGAAACGUUGCACUUCAGAACGUUUUUUAUGUGACCGCAAGUUUUUCCACCUUUUGAAGUUAAAGAUAUGUGGCAGUAAAUCAAAAAAGUCUUCUUUAAGUCAGAGAGGCACGAGAUUAUUUUGGUCUGCCAAAGUGUCACUGAUUGCCCCAGCUGCUAAUGUCUAUAUACUAGUAAUUGAAGUUAAUCAAUAAACUUGCAUUGGAUUGUU